AUGGAGGCUCUACUCUCCCUCGCAUUCGACAACAUAGCGUCCAAGGAUACGCAGAAGAUUCGCAAAGGGUUGCGCCAGAUCGAGGGCAUGUUGGCGCAAAUAUGUCUUUCAAGCGGCAAGCCACGAAACUCACCACCGGGCCACCGACGGAACGCCUCUGCGCUCAAUUUGGGAGAUCAGCAACAACCAACGCCGAAGAAGCUGGGGCAGUUAUCAGACGAUCUUGCCUUUCGCGAGUUCUUUCGGUUGCAAGAGGGAUUCGAGUGGAAUGUUGUAACACGAGUAGCCGACUGUCUGGAUCGACUGCUGGGCAUGGGAAGCAGUAAGGAUGGCCAAAACGACAUCCUCAUCCUCUCCUCGUUAUCGAAUAUCCAGGGUCUUCUCCUGCUGCACCCGCCAUCGCGCAUCAUCUUCGGUCGCGAAGUUUACAUGAACGUCCUCCUCGACCUGCUCGACCCCUACAACUGCCCCGCCAUCCAAUCCCAAGCCCUCCUCGUCCUGGUCACCGCGCUUCUUGCGACACCACAAAACACGCGAGUGUUUGAGCAUAUGGACGGCCUGCUCACCGUGACCAGCCUGUUCAAGGACGAAGAGACUACACAAAACGUCAAAGUCAAGCUGCUGGAAUUCCUAUACUUCUACCUCAUGCCCGAGAUCCCAGGUUCUGGCCCGCAUCGGAGUCCUAGCAAGCUGACCAAUGCUUUCGAGCGGCGGGGAAGCACUGCGACUGGCGACGAUGGCGGAGGUGCGACCAGAAAGCACAUUCGGUCGCAAGAGGAGAAGCAGAACAUGCUGGGACGGUACCUCCCCAACGUGGAUGACCUUGUCGAGGACCUCCAAGAGACCGCACCGUUCAACAGCGUCGCGUGCUGA